AUGUCAUUAGACAAAUCUGUAAUCGAAAAUUUAUUCCCGAGUUUAUUCCUUCCCAAAAGAAAAACUAUCCUGAUUUGGAACAGCGCACAUCGAAUCGAAACGGCAGCUUUCGGUAUCGGUCACGAGCCGUUCGUCCAGCACGGAUGCGAGAUUUCGGACUGCAUCCUUUUUGACAAUGCAACUUCACCACAUUUGUUGCCGAUUGAAGAUUACGACGCUAUUAUCCUCCACAUGCACGAACUGUGGAUAACUGGACACCCCAUUUACAAUAGACAAAAAUACCAACGUUUAAUUUUCCUAACGCAAGAAGCACCCACUACACUGGCUAUCGACGUUAACGAGAUGGGGAAUUAUUUCAACUGGACGAUGAGUUACAGGUUUAAUUCGGAUAUUCAGUUGCUCUACGGACGUAUCCAUCCUGGACCGACUGCUCCCAAAACUCGAGAAGAAACUGAUCAAAUGGUAAAAGGUACGACGGUCAAGAACUACGCUGCAAAUAAAACCCAACAGAUCGCUUGGAUGGUUUCUCAUUGCGACACACACGGACUAAGAGAAACGUACGUCGCCCAACUCAGUAAAUUCAUCCCAGUAGAUAUUUAUGGCGGAUGUGGUAAUCUGACCUGCGAUCGAAAUGAGUCUCACUGGUUAUCGGAACCAAUUUGUUACACAAUGUUAGAAAAGAAAUACAAAUUCUACUUGUCUUUCGAAAAUUGCAUCUGCACAGAUUACGUAACGGAAAAGUUUUUCGAACUUCUAAACUACGAUAUAAUACCAAUCGUCUACGGUGGAGCAAACUACAGUCAACUUGCACCUCUCCAUUCCUACAUCAAUGCACUUGAUUUCACGCCGGAGACAUUGGCACAGUACCUAAAAAUACUCGACGCUAACGAUACGCUCUACAACGAAUAUUUUUGGUGGAAAGAUCACUAUCGGAUCGAGUCUGGAGUAGAACAAAUGGCUCGGCAUGGGUUCUGUGACUUGUGCAAGAAACUUCACCAGGAUGAUGGUGUAACCAAGUACUAUCCCGAAUUACUAACUGACUGGAAUCCUGACACAGUGUGUAAGCAAAUUGAAUCUUGGGAUAUUCCAACUUAUCCAGUGACACGUCAAUUUUUAAAACGGUAG